CAAUAUUUUUAAUAGCUCCCAAACCGCCUGCUCCAAAGAGAUGAAACCUGUCUCGCGCCACUAGUGCAGCAUAGUCUGCGCAGCUGCGGACAAAUGGGGGAUCCCGCGUUAACCCACUUACCCGCGUCAUUCCCGCAAGUGAAGGAAACCUAUGAACUUGACAGUAGAAGAGUGUGUUAGCUAUGCUCAAGAGGUGUUUUCUUUUUUUUUUUUACUAUUUACAGUCCAUACGGAGUCUUGUAUUCUGUUUGUUCAUAAACCGGGAGUGAAAACUCAAACGUACAUUGUGUGCUUUUUCUUAACAGCCCUGAGGUGCAAUGUACGGGGGCAGUCAGCAGGGGGCGCGGCGGCUAUCCCCUCAGACAGCGCCAGGAGGGCGCAGGCGCAGAGAUUUGAAGAGAAAACGCCAUAUUGAAUUCCCGUAGGAACAGCUAACACUUCCACAGCUAGCGGUUUGUAGGAGCUGCUAUAUCGAUGCUCCUAAAGCAGUUAGUCGUGACAUUCGUCGCUUCUUGUAAGUCUUGUCAGUGUGCGUGACGGCUGUUUAAGGUCCGGUAAACAACGACGGGAACGCUAGCGCCAGGUAUUUGUUAGGGGGGGUUACUGGAGAGACGAGUUGAAUGGAUCCGAGGGUGGCUUGGAUUCAGCCCGAACAGAAAGGACCUGCGAACACCUUAUGGAUGUACGUGUGGGAGACCUCUCAGGGAGGCCGGACGCUCUCCGCUCCGGUGCAGUUCCACAACCAAAACCACAACCAGUGCGUGAACUACGCUGCGGCGGCCGCCGAGAAGAACGGUGCACCGAGCAAGAGCAGCGGCGACGGUGCUGCUACAGCCGGCCGGAGCGGCGGCCAUCACGGCUUCACCAACGGCAUUAAUGCCUCCUGUAAGGACUCCUCCACGCGGACCUCCGAUCAUCCAGCUGAGGAGAACACUGUGCUCCAGAAGGCGGGUUCCGUCUCUUCGUCGUCUUCCCAGGAGUCCGGGACGGAUGUGUUCGCUUCCAGCUGUUUACCCGAGAGGACUAUCGGUGCAAACGUGUCUGGAAACUUGAAUCAAAACGUCGGAGGCGCCAAUAUGCUUUUCGGUUUAAACGACGGCGUGGAAAGUAACGGGAACCUGCACCACCUCCCACAGGAGCAUCAAACGUUACAUCCACAGCAGGUCUGCGCGAGGCGUCUUCGGGGUCCCCCCCCUCACAGCCAGCACCCAGGCCGCAGGAAAAGCGACAACAAGGCCAGCACCUACGGCAUGACCUACCUGCUGUCCAUCUGCACUCACGGGGGCCACGCCAGCACCAUGACCCCAUGGAAGACGAUGACGUACAGUGCCGGGAUCCGUGGAUUACAUGAAGAAGUGAUGGACUUCUACAAGUACAUGUCACCGCGGCCAGAAGAGGCUGCCAUGAGGAAGGAGGUGGUGAAGCGGAUAGAAACCAUCAUCAAGGAGCAGUGGCCCUCUGCUGAUGUCCAAAUUUUUGGUAGCUUCAGCACCGGACUGUACCUCCCAACAAGUGACAUCGAUCUUGUCGUGUUUGGGAAGUGGGAGCGACCCCCGUUACAGGAGCUGGAACAAGCUCUCCGGAAGCACAAUGUGGCAGAACCGUUUUCCAUUAAGGUUCUGGACAAGGCCACAGUGCCAAUCAUCAAGCUGACUGACCAGGAGACCGAGGUGAAGGUUGACAUCAGUUUCAACGUGGAGACCGGAGUCAAGGCAGCCAGCUUCAUAAAAGACUAUGUGAAGAAGUAUCCAGUACUGCCGUACCUGAUCUUUGUGCUGAAGCAGUUUCUGCUUCAAAGGGAUUUGAACGAGGUCUUCACCGGGGGCAUCAGCUCGUACAGCCUCAUCCUAAUGGUCAUCAGCUUCCUACAGCUCCACCCUCGCAUUAAUGCCAGAAACCCCAACGAGAACCUGGGCAUGCUGCUGAUUGAGUUCUUCGAAUUGUAUGGCCGCCAUUUCAACUACUUGAAAACAGGGAUACGUAUCAGAAAUGGAGGGGCAUAUAUGGCCAAAGAGGAGAUGAUGAAGGCCAUGACCAAUGGAUACAGACCAUCCAUGCUUUGUAUAGAGGAUCCUCUGCUUCCAGGUAAUGAUGUUGGGAGGGGCUCCUAUGGUGCCAUGCAAGUCAAACAGGUGUUUGACUACGCGUACGCCAUCCUGAGUCACGCCGUGUCUCCGCUGGCGCGCUCCUAUCCCAACAAAGACUGUGAAAGCACACUGGGGAGGAUCAUCAGGCUGACCCAGGAAGUCAUUGAUUACAGAGAGUGGAUCAUUAAGAAGUGGGGGGGCAAAGAUUCUGUGCAGACAGACAACAGAGGGCUGUCUCCUAAAGAACCAGCUCCAAAGGAGUCCAGCGUUCUCAGCGGUGGAGGUGCUGGUGCAGAAGAACAGCAGAGGGACUCUGCGUCCCCAUACAGUGCAGACUCCCCCAUGUCAAUCUCCAGCCCCCAGCAGCACUCAUCAGCCUCCUCAGUCUCCUCCCUGUCUGGAUCUGACAAUGACUCAGAUUCAGCAUUGCCAUGCCCCCUCCCUCAACCAACUGUGCCAGCGUACCCAUCUUUCCCACCGACAGGCUUGGCCUUGCCAGCAUGCAUCAACAUGGGCAGUGGAAAGCCCUGCAUGGGAGGACACCAUCUGCUCCUUCCUGCAGGUUCUCAGACUCGCGUUUCACUGCCCGCCGGUCUCGCAGUGCACGCCAUGCCUGGCAGACAGGUGUGUAUGCACACUGGGCUCCCCCACUUCUUCCACAUGCCCCCCCCAGCCCCUGCCCCUUCCAGCCCCCAGCUUCCACCCAGCCCCCACUCCAGCCACAACCAAAAGAACGGAGCCAAGUUCAACGGCAAAGGCUUCCACAACCCAUCGCUGGUCAACAGUGUGGCAGUGGCAAACCGCGGACACACGCAGUAUCCCCGUAACUCCUGGCGGCGCAGAAAGAGAGACAGUCUGCCAGUGAGCCUGAGCAGAUAGACUCCACCCCGCUCUUCAGAAGGACAGGAGACGAGCUGCUUUCACCUGAAGGAAGGGGCUGCUGUGACCUCCCUCCUCUCAUGACUGCACGGCGGGUUUUUAAUGACAUCACCUCCAGUAUUGUCUUCCUCGUCAGUGUUUGCUUGAGGGUGGCCCCCCCCAACUGGGCUUCGGCUGUUGGUGGUGCCGUGCCACUUUUAUGUUUUUAUACCACAAAAUUAAGAACAAACUUUUUCUCUUGUGCAAUAUGUUUCCUUUUUUUUCUUUUUUAAAUUAAACUCGAGAAUUUAUUUAAAUUUGUUUGUGUAUAAAUAAACACAUUUUAUACAGUUGUUUUAUUUUUGUAACGUUUUACAUUUUGUUAAAGGGACCUCAAGUUCAUCACUGAGUGUUUCUUUUUGUUUGUCAUUAGGGUGCUGUGGAGCCCAGUCUUAACCCCCCUCCCCUACCUGUAUGAAUGUGGGCCGACUGGUGAGGUGAGAUGAUUCCAAGAAAAGGGAACGCUUUUUCUUUGAAAUGUCAAUGUUUUGUCUCUGGUUUUCUCCUUCAGCCCAGUUGGCCCAUAGCAUUGGUGGGAGACAGGGUUGCACCACAGCAUCCUUUGGAUCAGUGAGGGAGAAAAAGAGGAAAAAGUCCAGUUUGGACGGAGAAGUGAUGAGGAAAAUUCCUGAAUAUUUCAGGAUAAAACAUUGCUUCCAUUUGUGGUCCAGCCUUUGAUCGCUUCUAUUCACGCUCUGGGAAAGUAAAGGCCAACAAUGAGACAUAAAUCUGGGCCACACUUUUCUUCUUCUGUUCUGUCAGGUACUUCCUGUAAAUGUUUGCUUUGUUUGUGUAGACUUGUGUGUGGGACAAGGCCUAUGAGCGCACUCGUACAUAAACCUGUCCACGCCGGGACCCCCAGAACACACGCCGGCAUUAUUACUAUGCAAGUGGAUUUCUCUGUGCGGAUAGUUCCCAUGUGGGGACUUGGUUUGCUUUGGCAAAUUGCUUGUUGGACUCGACUAUCAAGACUCGAGCCAAACCUCUAACCCUGAUUCCCUUUGUAAUUGUUUAUUACCCUCCACCCCCAACUAAGGUUAAAGGUCUAGUUUUUUACAGGGGGUGGGAUGUGUGCUGUGAGGGCAUUGGUGUUCCUGUGUAAUGUGUGACUGUGGUGAAACUGUUAGAAUCUACUCUUGGUUUUUAUUGGCAGCAGUGGGGACAUGCAGUGCGCAACUUGCACUCUGCUGGGGCUCAAACGGGCGAAAGAAUCCACCACCAAGUCCAGGUUCUACGCAGACUUUGUCUGCGCUUAUCAAUCAUUUACCUGUGUUUUUUUAGAGUGGCUUCUUUACCCGUUUGUUUUUAUGUCGGACAUGUCUGAACGCCAAAACCACAGUUUGCUAACGGACGAUUUACCUCCCCGCCCACCUCCUUAGAGAAGUCUUUAAUAAUAAAUGAAUUGACUCCAAAACAUCAAUUCAAAUAAUUACUGAAAUGUGUCUGGUGACCAGAGCAUUAAAACGUCAAAAUGCAAACGGUUUGGAUCCUAAACCCAGCUGGUAAAGCCCACAGCAUUUGUUACCAUGAGAAGUUUCAAAUCAGAAGGCCGGCGGUUUGUGGGGUCAAAGCAAGUCUAUGGAUGACAGCGUCUGUGCAUCUCAGCAGGCCUCUGAAGACCCCCAUGCUCUUCCCAUCGUGGGAGAUUCAAAGUUGUAGAAGUCUUGCCAUGCUCUUCCAGUUGUGGGAAAAGGAAGGAGAAGCAUGAGGCUUCAUGGACUGCUGAGAUCAGGCUUUUGCUAUGAGAUGUGCAGAACAAUGACAGAUUAGGAAGUGGCGAGCAGCAGUCUUUCAUGGUCUUCUUCUGACUUAUUCAUGUGAGCAGUGACCCUCAAAAUAGCCAGAAGGAACCACUGCCUGGCUUUUGUUUUUUGGGCAUUUUUAUGUAAACAUAUUUUUUUGUAUCUUCCUUUUUUAAUAAAUGUUUUAAACUGCU